UCCACCACAGGCCUGAAAUUAGUGACAAAGUCCCCGAAUUCGGCCCCCUUUUAGCAUUGACAUCUGUCGCCUCACGGUCAUGACCUGCACCACACCAUGGACAAGCUCCCAUCCGAGAUCAUCGACCUCAUCCUCGACCAAUGCCUUAUCCAGCUCACCCGCAACAAUGUCCUCGAGUUCCGCCUCGUCUGCCGGGCGUUCGACUGCCAUCUCAAGCGAUGGGGUUGCUACAACCUCACCCUCGACUACUGGCGCAUGAUGGACCGGCGGCCCCAGAUCGAAGCCCUCCAGACGAUAGGCUACCACUGCCGGAGCCUGCUCCUGGACUUUGUUGUCCUGCGCGAUGAAAGGGAACUCUACUUCAACGAGCAGCUCUUCCACCACGACCCCGCCAUGGCCGAGUUCUGCGAGACGCUGCAGCACAAGUUCGCCAUGCACGAGGACACCUUUACCGAGUCGGACUUCCUGGACAACCUCGGCCAGGUCCUCUUCUACUGCCGCUCGACCCGCAUGCUCCGACUCGCCCUGCCGUUCCAGGUGAUCCCAGGGCGCACCGAGACGGCGACCAGGAUCCUCGCCAACACAUUCAAGGCCCUGGCGGACAGGCCGGAGGAAGGCUCGGCGCCCCUCGAGGUGCUCGUGAUGGAUCUGGUCCGCGACAUAUCGCUCUGUCAAAUAUGGACGAACCCCAGUGACAUUGCCAACGUGUUCACCGUCAUGGCGAAAGUGAAGAACCUGGUCAUCAGCUACCGCCAGGUCGAGACGCUGUCCGAGGUCGCGCUGGUGUUUGGUGCCUCCAUAUGGUCCGUCGCGGGCAGCUCCAGUUGCCUGGAAACGCUGUGCCUGAUCGGCAACCAGCACACGACGAAUUCGCCGCCCAACAGGACGUGGACCAACGGCGUGGACACCACGCCCGACCAGUGGAGCUGCAAGACGCUCCCUCGGAUCAAGUUCCAAGCAGGGCCCUGGACUAGCCUGAGGUGCCUGGAGUUGAGGUCGAUGAACGUGAGCCCCGAGGUCAUGGUCCAGUUGGGCGACGAAAUGGGCGACACGCUGCAGGAGCUGUAUCUGAGUGACGUCUGGCUCAUGGUGGAUGGGUUGCGCGCCCAUGGCGAGGACGACGCGUGGCUCAACGACUUGGCGCUCUGGGUCGGCCACCCGGAUCGACGGCCGCCUGAGCAUGCCAGCUGGAUCGCCAUGGAGCUGCGCAGCAGGAUGACGGCUCUGCGGAUCUGCCGCGCCUCCUCCCUAGGCUACGAGACCUAUGUGGACAGCGAUCGCGACAGACUGGCGAAUUUCGACCUCCGAGAUCCCUGCGGGCUGGGCCGCACGCUCGCGCAGCGCUUCGUCGAAGUCGUCACGGGCUGCGAAGGUCCUCCGGACAAGGAGACCGGGGAACCCGUCAAGUACCUCCCACCCGACUCCUGGCACGACCACCUGCUCCACGAGACCAGGCCGCGCCCGUCGCAGGUCGUCGAGUACGACACGACGGCGUACCAUCUGUCUGUCGCGAAUCCAACCUCGGUGUGGCUGGAUCGGGGCAUGCACGAGUUCUUCCCGGACAAAACCGAGGCGAGCGCCCAGAUGGUGGACCGCUUUACGACGACCUUUGCGAAAGGCAUGCAAGAGCUGAGGAUGAGACUGUUGUCACAGGCGAGUCAGGGGCUGCAGCGCGAGGUAGAGGAGUGAGUGAGGAGUUGAUGGACAACCCGACAAAUGAUACCCACAAUGCAUAGCAUGGCUUUGAGCACGUCUUUUUGGAAGAUGACAUUGGCCGCGAUGGUUCACGUUGCUCUGUACUGAUAGAUGCAUGGCCCUUUUCUUUGGGCGACUUGAUUCAUUGAUAGGAUGUCCCUUCUGUGGGAUCCCUCCCCCGACAGAAACGGGGAUAUCUAUCUAUCUAUUCUUCAUGUGCGCGAGGAUCUUCCUCCCCCACACUCACUCCAGUGCACUCUUAUUGCGCGCUGCCGUUCCCGUUCUUCUGGCCCCCCACGGCCCUCUCGACGGCUC